AUGGCGCCCAAUUACACUGAUUUUAUCGAUCUUUGUACUUCAGAUGAGUCAGAUCAAGGCCUGCCGGCUCGACGAGCACUUCAGGAAUCACAGCCAGGCCCGCGUAUUCAGAGGCUUAGAAGCUCGCCGGCCUUGACUCGUCAGGCGCUAUCAAAAAAUUCCCCAGUCACAACGGUAGUUCCAACGAAGAGUGAUUCUCGCAAUGACCAGAAAGUCAGAGGAGAAGCUACACUGACCUCUACGAAUCCCAUCCACAGAGCUUCUGUUAAGGACUCUCACGGCGUUGGUUCUCCUGCUGGAAAUCCCGGCAACUUUCAUAGCACACCCACGCAGCAGACGCCGCGGAAAAUUGUCUGGACAGUAGAAAAAAUCGAAGACACCUUGCGUGAGUUCUCGUAUGAUAUAGGUGAAGGUGCUGCCAAAGUUACUACUCAUCUUCUCCAAAAUACCUGGAAGAAGAUGGCCCCAGCGCCUGAGACCUAUUCCAAGAAGAACUGGUUUGUUGGCAUGAAGCGAACACCAGUCGAAGCCGGCAGUGGUGCCCUCAAGCUAACGCUCAAGGUACGUUGGAAUCAAGCAAUCCGUGACUAUUACCAGGUGAUAGGCAUCAUGACCGACAAAGAGCCAGUGCCCAAAUAUGAUUUUCAUCAUAUUGAGAUUCGCAAGAACAUACUGUCACGUAACACAAUCCUAAACUUUGUGCCACACCUGCGGGACUUGGCAGACGAGGAGGAGUUAAAAUAUCGAAGGUGGCUCGAGAACCUGGAGAAUAUGGAUAAAACUUCUGGGCUUGCCACCCUUACCAGCAAGGAGAAAGUGAAUCAAACUUGCCGGAAGGAGCGGGCGCUUACCUUGCUUCUCUACUUGGAUAGCUGGCUCGACAAGCUCUCCAUUCCGAAUUGUUCGAAGGCUACGCUCAGCCGUUUUAUGGCAAGUCGGACAGAUGCCAUCUCAUCGCAACAGGUGUCCACUAUUUUUGGCUCGUGCAACAGCGAUACCGACUCGCCCGGGUCAGUAAAAACCGUUAAGAUCUUCACGGAGGCAUUUGAUCGAGUAUUUGACAAUGGCGAUGUCUGGAAUGAAGGGGCAGUGACACUCCACGAUGUCCUGCUCCUUGAUAAGUCCAUUGAUUCAAUUGUCGACUCAAAGAAAUUGAUAAAAUAUACCCCAAACGAAGCCAAACCGAUCGAGGAAAAUAUUACGUUAGACACGUUUCUCGAAACAUAUUCGCUGCUAGGCUGUCUCAUCUGCUUCAGCCACUCAUGCGAGCAUGGAGAGUACGGAACCGAUAACGAGCGCAAGAGAUUCUCUAUUGAUGUCGUGGGUGGCAUUACACCCCUCGUUGGCAGGAAGGCCCUUCAAGCUUCAAAGGUCAACUCUUCACGGUCACAAUCAAACAACGAUCCAUGGGAGUACGAAGACUUCCGCAAGCCCUGCAGCGACGAAUGCUUUCUGAAAGUUCGACUCAACGCACGAGUUAAAAGCUGGAGUGAAACGGAGAUAAUGCUGUUGAAGGCAGCUGUUACUUUUUUCUGCGACCAAGACGAACCAAUCCAGUGUAUAACUGCCGUGGCUACUGGUAGACCCUGUUGCGACGUGGAUCGUCAGUUUCACAAGUUGGGUUUGCAGUUACCCCAGCAGCCUUCCCGGUCCGGGGAAUCAGAGGUCAAGCCAGUCCACUGGUACGACCGAUUUAAGAAGGUAUUACAUGCAGACUGGCAGGAACAGACCAUUACACAUGCACAUCAUUUAAAGGACCACUUUGAUCCUUGCAGCCACGACGGGCCUUGUACGAAGGACAACUGUGAGUGUGCUAGGAACGGUCUCAUGUGUGAGCGCUUCUGCCGUUGUACAGUUGAUACAUGCGCUAUCAAAUUCACUGGUUGUUCUUGCCAUUCCCAGGGUAGAACGUGUUCAUCCCGACAGAAAGGAGAAAGGCCCUGUAUAUGUAUACAGCUCAACCGGGAGUGCGAUCCUUCGCUUUGUGCCAAUUGUGGGGCCGCGGACCGAGCAAAUCCAAAGAAUGCAGAGGAUGACCAGUUGUUCAAACAAGGUUGCCAAAAUUGCGCCUUGCAACGAGGAAAGUCGAAGACGCUGCUCGUUGGUAGAUCCACCAUCGAAGGCUGUGGCUAUGGUCUUUUUACAGCAGAGAAUAUCACUCAAGAAGACUUUGUGAUCGAAUACGUCGGAGAACUGAUUACUCAAGAUGAGGGAGUUCGGCGUGAGGCCCGCAGAGGAGAUGUCUUCGACGAAGAGCACAAGUCGUCCUACCUUUUUACUCUACUAGAGCAAGAGGGCGUAUGGAUCGAUGCUGCGAUUUACGGCAACCUAAGCAGAUAUAUAAACCAUCAAGACGAUUUUGGGAAGGGUCAGGGCUGCAACAUCACCCCUAAGAUCAUGUACGUCGGUGGCGAGUAUCGCAUCAAGUUCAGUGCUCUUGGAAAUAUCAACGCUGGUGAGGAACUGUUUUUUGACUAUGGUGCAGAAUUUCCCAACUUGACCAAGAAGUUACUCAAAGAACAAGAAGAACAAACAGCAGGAAAGACAGAAGCAAAGAAGCAAAUCAAGGCCCGAAGGAACCGGGAUGAGGAAGAAGUGGUGGAUGUCAUCAAGAAAACCAAAGGGAAGAAGCGCGGCCGUAAGCCGGAAAAAAAGUCCUUCGCCGCUCGACUGGAUUCGGAUCAGGAGGCUGGAGACGAUAAUGAAGCUUUAUCCGAUGAGGAUUAUGGACCUUGGAAGCGAAAGCAUAAGUCCGAGAUUGAUGUUGAAAAAUGCGGCAAGAAAAAUAUCAACUCGAAUUUGCGAUCGAGUACUGGUCGCAGCAGGUUUUAA